AUGGGCUCUCCAACCAUGUUCCUGCAGCUACCCAGUACUCUGUAUGCCAUGGGCUCGCCAACCAUGUUCCUGCAGCUACCCAGUACUCUAGACCCCAGUACUCUGUAUGCCAUGGGCUCUCCAACCAUGUUCCUGCAGCUACCCAGUACUCUGUAUGCCAUGGGCUCGCCAACCAUGUUCCUGCAGCUACCCAGUACUCUGUAUGCCAUGGGCUCUCCAACCAUGUUCCUGCAGCUACCCAGCGCUUCAUUUGAGAAAUCUUUCCCCCCGCCCCAGUCUUGCUUCACACAGUUCACCCCUGGCCCUGCCUUAUACCCUGCCUCAGCCACCCCUCUGCCUCACAGUUCCACCUUGUGCCUCACACAGUUCCACCCCGCCUGCCUCACACUUCCACCCCGGCCCUGCCUCACACAGUUCCACCCUGGCCCUGCCUUAUACCCUGCCUCACACAGUUCCACCCCGGCCCUGCCUCACACAGUUCCACCCUGGCCCUGCCUUAUACCCUGCCCUGCCUCACACAGUUCCACCCUGGCCCUGCCUUAUACCCUGCCUCACACAGUUCCACCCCGGCCCUGCCUCACACAGUUCCACCCUGGCCCUGCCUUAUACCCUGCCUCACACAGUUCCAAGCCCGGCCCUGCCUCACACAGUUCCACCCUGGCCCUGCCUCACACAGUUCCACCCUGGCCCUGCCUUAUACCCUGCCUCACACAGUUCCACCCUGGCCCUGCCUUAUACCCUGCCUCACACAGUUCCACCCAGUUCCACCCCCACCCUGGCCCUGCCUUAUACCCUUUCCACCCCGCCCUACACAGUUCCACCCUGGCCCUCCUUAUACCCUGCCUCACACAGUUCCACCCCGCCCCUGCCUCACACAGUUCCACCCCGGCCCUGCCUUAUACCCCUGCCUCACACAGUUCCACCCUGUUCCACCCUGCCCUGCCUGGCCCUGCCUUAUACCCUGCCUCACACAGUUCCACCCCGGCCCUGCCUUAUACCCUGCCUCACACAGUUCCACCCUGGCCCUGCCUUAUACCCUGCCUCACACAGUUCCACCCCGGCCCUGCCUCACACAGUUCCACCCUGGCCCUGCCUUAUACCCUGCCUCAGCACUUGUCACAGCUGCUUUCUAUUUAUCAUUAA